GCUGCAUUUUACUUAUGCGCUCGGCAUUUACUGAAUGGGGUGGAUAUACAAUACAAUAUAUUCUACUAUGAUGCUUGCUGUUGAUAUCAGCUUUCUCGCAGUCCCAUCUGUCCAGACUCAAACGCCCGCGAUCCUUCUAGCAUAUCUGUCUACCCUCAGCGCCUCAGGCUCGUUAGUGGUCUCGCCGAUCUUGGCUGGUCAAGUUAAUGACAACCGGCGAGGCUGCGCUGAAGAUGCGGCGUCUUUCACGGUCAAAAUAUCACGUUCUAUACUUAGCCUCGAAAGCCUCGCUCUCAAGCUCAGUCUGCCGCUUGCACUUCUGGUUUUGGGCUCAAUCUGUGACAGAAUGGCGUUCUUUGCUGCUGCAUUAUUGACCGUGAUUCUCCGCACUUCUGGUAUUGUCACCCAUGUAUUUCAUACGGUUUGGGCCCCAAUAUUCCUUCUAGCGACAUGGCCCAUCCUGGGUGCCAAUGAUAUUCACAUCUCUCGCUUGUGGUACUGGAUCAUAGAACGUACGGCCACCACCUCUUAUGUUUAAUUCACGUAGUCUGAUUUACAAUUGUAUCGAGUGUUUAGGAAGGACAAGCCAUGAAGAAUGUGUCCAAGCGUAACAACCCUGAUCAACUCCGCCAGAAACUAAGAAUUGCGCUGUGAGCCACAGUGCCGACACGAAAGCAGAAAGAUGACUCACCCUCGUGUCAUAUCAACUCGUCGGUAUCUCAGGUCUACACCACGGUCCGGAGGACUAUUACAUUAUAGGGUCAAAGGGGGUUGAAUAUUGGAUGCUAAGCAAACUACUCCGAGUACUCGCAACCAAAAUACAGUCUAGAGAGCAGUAAUCACGAUUCGAGUGGCAAGGCGAGAACUCAGCAGAACAGCCUCGCCCGCCGAGAACAGCUGGUGUGGCAUCAACAGAUAUAGAUGCCGUCAAAAGUAGCAAUGACGACGAGGAAGGAUAAACGCAUUGGUUGUGUGAGGUAAUACGGGAUCUGGCAGGGAGGUCCUCGAAUAACUCU